CCCGCGCCCGCCCGGCCGCCGGCACCGCACCGCGCCGGGGCGCCCUCUCCACUGCGCGCGGUACAAGGAAAUGCUAGAACUAGUGAUCUCUCCCAGCCUUACUGUAAACAGCGAUCGUCCGGGUAAACUGAAGGUUAACUGUGCCGACGCUGAUGUCUGGACUCUGAGUGACAUAGAAGGCAUCACCACAUCGGCUCUGAGUGUGUCCCAGCUCUUUGCAAGACCUUGCCCACGUGUCCUGCCCAGCCAGCAUCCCACGGCCAUGGCAGCCUACGGCCAGACUCAGUACAGUGCGGGGAUCCAGCAGGCCACCCCCUACACAGCUUACCCACCUCCAGCACAAGCCUAUGGAAUCCCUUCUUACAGCAUCAAGACAGAAGACAGCUUGAACCAUUCCCCUGGCCAGAGUGGAUUCCUCAGCUAUGGCUCCAGCUUCAGCACCGCCCCCACUGGACAGAGCCCGUACACCUACCAGAUGCACGGCACAGCAGGGAUCUAUCAAGGAGCAAAUGGACUGACCAAUGCAGCUGGCUUUGGAACUGUGCACCAGGACUAUCCUUCCUACCCCGGCUUCCCACAGAGCCAGUACUCCCAGUAUUACAGCUCGUCCUACAGCCCUCCUUACGUCCCGGCCGGCAGCAUCUGCUCCUCUCCCCUCUCCACAUCCACCUACGUCCUGCAGGAGGAACCUCACAACGUCCCCAGCCAGAGUUCUGAGUCGCUUGGCGGUGAACAUAACACGCACAAUGGACCUUCCACGCCAGCAAAAGAGGGAGACACAGACAGGCCGCACCGGGCCUCCGACGGGAAGCUCCGAGGCCGGUCGAAGCGGAGCAGUGACCCCUCCCCAGCAGGGGACAGUGAGAUUGAGCGUGUGUUCGUGUGGGACUUGGAUGAGACAAUAAUUAUUUUUCACUCCUUACUCACGGGGACUUUUGCCUCCAGAUACGGGAAGGACACCACGGCGUCCGUGCGCAUCGGCCUCAUGAUGGAAGAAAUGAUCUUCAACCUCGCAGAUACACAUCUGUUCUUCAAUGACCUGGAGGACUGUGACCAGAUCCACGUGGACGAUGUCUCAUCCGAUGACAAUGGGCAAGAUUUAAGCACCUACAACUUCUCCGCUGAUGGCUUCCAUAGUUCGGCCCCGGGGGCCAACUUGUGCCUGGGCUCUGGCGUGCACGGCGGCGUGGACUGGAUGAGGAAGCUGGCCUUCCGCUACCGGCGAGUGAAGGAGACGUACAACACCUACAAGAACAACGUCGGCGGCUUGAUAGGAGCUCCCAAAAGAGAGACCUGGCUACAGCUCAGAGCCGAGCUGGAAGCUCUGACGGACCUCUGGCUGACCCACUCCCUGAAGGCACUAAACCUCAUCAAUUCCCGGCCCAAUUGUGUCAACGUGCUGGUCACCACCACUCAACUAAUUCCUGCCCUGGCCAAAGUCCUGCUGUACGGACUGGGCUCCGUGUUUCCUAUUGAGAACAUCUACAGUGCAACCAAGACAGGGAAGGAGAGCUGCUUUGAGAGGAUAAUGCAGAGAUUCGGCAGAAAAGCCGUCUACAUCGUGAUUGGCGAUGGCGUGGAAGAGGAGCAGGGGGCGAAAAAGCACAACAUGCCUUUCUGGCGGAUAUCCUGCCACGCGGACUUGGAGGCGCUGAGGCACGCCCUGGAGCUGGAGUAUUUAUAGCAGAACCCGCAGCCUCGCCACCUGCCAUCAGAGAGGCAGCCCACCCGCCCAGGCCCCCGGUUUUCCCCACCUCCCCUGCCAGAUGCUAGACACCAGGCAGGGUCCCUCCCGCCAAGAGGACGUGUCCGGUGACCAUCUCAGAAGCUGUCCUUUCAGUUCCAACGCGGGUCCAGAGAAACACAGUACCCAGCAGUGGCUUUGGAAUAUUUAACUUUGGGAAAAAGGGCUGGCUCUGAGUCCAGACUUUUCUGCAAGGCUCACAAGCAAGGAAUUCCUGAUUCGGGGGAGGGCUGGUGAUGAGGAGGGGACAGGCUCUUUUUUUUCUCCACUUUAAUUUAUGGACUAAUCUCAUUACUCUGGUAUUACGCUCUUGUACCUGUGUUGUUGGUUUUUGUUUUCUCAGCUGGCAUGUGGCGCAGUGCACAGCUCUAAUUUAAGCCUCUCUGCUCUGAGUUGUGCUUUGAGGGGACAAUCAUUCUUUGAACAGAGGGAGGCGAUUCGGGGCUGUGGGGGAGACUAUUGCUUAUUUUUGUUUUUAAGAACGUAACCUGAUGUCAUGUGGACAGUGCACGUGCCUUAUGCUGCCAUCUUGUUUUCUAGGAAGAGGGGACCCUGGGGAGGAGGCAGUACUUUGUGACGGAAAAAGGCAUUAAAUAAAACCACGUUUACAU